UAAACUAUAGGUACUAAUUUACUUGCAAGUGAGAAAACUAGAAAGACUUUUAAAGCUUAUAUUUACAAGAGACGGCAUUUCCGAUUUGAAUCUCAUGGUUUCGCAGAUUACGACCACUCUAUAAAACUCUUUUAUAUAAAUAUGCAAUGGAUAAUGAAUUUUAGAUUAGAAAUUGAACAAUUGAAAUACUGUUUUAAAUUUACUGAAAUCUCUGGGGACGCCACGUGCAACAACAAAAAUGUAUAAAAAAGAGGGAAGUGAUUCUACCACACUAUAUUGUUGUACAUUUUUCUUCCGAUUUUUCUUCUCUUGAUGCUGAUAAGAAAUCUACCCCUGCUUGGAAAUAGUUUCGAAAUACUUUAUCAGCUCCUUUUUCUUUAUCCAAAUUUAUAAAUUCUUGCAUUUCGGAGGUAUUGAGUUUUAUUGCUGAACACGGAUCGGUCAGUCUUUCUUCCACUUUUGCGGAUUAUACAUCUAAAGCUACAGCCGCAGUACUUGCAGCUAUGGCAUUUUACUGGGCUUUCGUACUACUUCUGACUUAUAGUAUAGACCACACAAAUGGAGUUUGUGUAAAAUCUUUAGCCUUAGAUCACGGAAAGGUCACAUAUAAGGACAAUGGAUUUUCAGUGCUGUUUGAGUGUGACCCGGGUUACAAACUGCAGGGAAGUCCAGAGAUUCCCUGCAAUGAAGAUGGUCUUAUUACAGAAUUAAAGCCAUUCUGUGCCAAAAGCGGCUGCAUAUUUGGAGGCGCAAACAUUACAAAUUCUUUAAAGGAAGAGGUAUCAUGCCCAAAUGAAGAUUUGUUUGGACAUUCCAUUGCCUAUUGCGAUGGAGAAAAGUGGAGCAACGAGCUGGGAAUAUGUGGCACUCAACCCAAAAUAGCAUACUCCUGCAAUUUCGAGAACACGAAUCGGUGCAACUGGAUGCCGUUCCCGAAUCCUAGUCUUUGGAAUCGGGUCAGUAAUGUCACCCACUUCCAUUACGCCGAAACUGGACCCCACGCCGAUAGCGAAUUCGAUGGAUACUACAUGCGGAUGGUGAAAGGCAAGUCCUCGGACAGGCACCACUUGUUAUCGCCAACGUAUCCCAAGGAAUUCAGUCUGCAGAACGCCUGCUUCUCGUUCCGCUACUUCAUGUUCGGUCGCGGAGUGGAUUCUCUAGAAGUGUCAGUUGCACCAGACUCCAAUCCGUUCAAUGUCACCAUUACGAAGCUUAUUAUAACAGAGUCCCAAGCAGCCAAGUGGUUAACUGGGACGAUUACCAUUCCCAAAAUGGAGCAGGACUUUAAAGUGGUCUUCACGGGUAUCAAUUCUAGGCGUCAAUUCGCGGACAUCGCCAUCGAUGAUGUGAAGCUAAUGUCGGGUGAGAACUGCACACAGCUCUUAAGCCAGGUGCCACCAAAUCCCAACACUCCGGCACUACCAACACCCAGUAAAGGAACACAACCGCAACCACAAGUAAAAUCGCUAUCACAAGUAAUUUCGCAAGCACCAGUUCAAUCGCCAGUAUCAGUUCAAUCGCCGGCACCAGUUCAAUCACCAGCACCAGUUCAAUCGCCAGCACCAAUUCAAUCGCCAGUAUCAGUUCAAUCGCCGGCACCAGUUCAAUCGUCAGCACCAACUCAAUCACCAGCACAAGUUCAAUCGCCAGCACCAAUUCAAUCACCAGCACCUGUUCAAUCGUCAGCACCAGUUCAAUCGUCAGCACCAAUUCAAUCACCAGCACCAGUUCAAUCGCCAACACCAAUUCAAUCACCAGCACCUGUUCAAUCGUCAGCACCAGUUCAAUCGCCAGCACCAAUUCAAUCGCCAGUAUCAAUUCAAUCGCCGGCACCAGUUCAAUCACCAGCACCAGUUCAAUCGUCAGCACCAACUCAAUCACCAGCACGAGUUCAAUCGCCAGCACCAGUUCAAUCGCCGGCACCAGUUCAAUCUCCAGGUCAACCAAAGGCACCAGUGUCGAAAGCGGCAAUAUUACCAAAACCCACCACUGAGCAACCAAGUGCGACCAGCCCUUCGACUAAAAAAGCUAGAAACAGUUCGUUUAGAUCUGAAUUAUCUAUUUUCAUCGCUACAUUGGCCUUAGCUUUGCCGCUUUAUUUUAUUUAAGAAUAUCAUUUUUUUUUAAAUCAAGCCACAAAUGAAGGGCACAUCAGCAUUUUCCUAUUAGCAUAGUAUUUCUGAGAUCAAAAUUUGUAAAAGUUUGACGUUCUUUUUAAAUCUUUAAAUGUUACAUUCUUAAACCUUAAAUUAAGGAUUUUUAAUUUCAAUAAAUAUUGGGUACAAAUCAGCCCACGAGCACUACAAAUUUGAAUUUUAAAGAUUUGGUGAAGUUAUUAUCAAUGUCCGAAAAAUUUUGUUUGGGGAUGGGUAGUUAUUUAAAUAAGGUGGUACAUCUGGAACAAGUCCAGGGUCUCUACAGCUGUCAUCUAACUUAUUUCCCUUAUAAUGCGAUUGAGUACUUUAUAUAAAUGGAAUUUUUUCAAAAGUGUAGGGCAGAUUGAGAACAGAUAUGUUUUGAAUUCAGCUAUGAUGGAUAUUACGUGGUUGGACAUAGCUUUGCCUAAUGCGAUGGAAAGUGGAGCACAAGAAACAACUCCUUAAGAAACUACUCCUGCU